GCGGCACGCCUGCGCAUCUCGAGCAAUCAACUUGAGUGCUUCCUCUCCCAUCCGCUCUGAUCCUGGAUAGGAGAGGCUCAAUUCCAUCUUCCGUCGUCGACUUAUUCGGAACGGACUCCUCAGGAGGAUACGUACGCAACGAUGCCGCCCCGAUUGAAUCUGUUCACCGCACGGAGUGCAGUCUCCGCUCUCCGCCAGCCCUCCGCAUUAUUUUCAGGUUAUGUCAAUGCCAACAAUAGCGCUGCUUCUUCUCGACUGUUUUCGCGAAAUGGAUCUGCUCCCCAGUUCGCUGGGCUUGCGUCCUCUGGAAGAGCUCAGCGGAGGAUGAACUCGUCCAACUCUGGUGCGAAGGACCAGGCUCAAGAGCAGCCCAAGGGCCCGACUCAGGACCCUUUGCCUCAUGUCAACGAGGAGGCUGCGGCCAUCGAUAAGAUUCUGAGCGGGAAGAAGUGUGAUGGUUCUGCCCCGGGUAGUCCCGAAAUGGAACAUGGUUCGCCGGUCGAAGAGAUUCUGAGCCGUGACGAAGAAGCCAAGAAGUACGCACCGAAAGUAUUGCAGGCUCAAAUAAAAGGGUCGAAAGGCACCCGAUCAUAUUCAACUUCGGCCAGACUCCGACAACAGGAACUGAAGAAUAGCGUGGCUGGCCCGGAUGAUCGGUCGACGUCUGUGGUCGCCAACAUGAUUGCACAAGCGACGCAGGAAGCUGUUGAGAGGCAGCCUGGUCUGAAGUUCGAUAUGCCUGAGCUGCCUCUUCCGAGAACGGAGAACUUUAGACAUCGUUAUGACCCCCUAGUUGAGCAGUUUACGAAGCUGCUCAUGGAGGAUGGAAAGCUGAGUUUGGCUCAGAAGAACAUGGAAUACAUCCUGAACCACCUCCGUAGCGCCUCGCCGCCCCAGAUCAACCCCAAGCGCCGUCUGCUGCCCGGCCCCCCCGCUCCUCAGUUACCUCUUAACCCCAUUCUAUACCUGACUCUGAUUGUCGACUCCGUCGCUCCUCUGCUCAAGAUCCGACAACAGAAGGGUAUCGCUGGUGGUGGUGCGGCUCUGCAGAUCCCUGUCCCAUUGGCUAUGCGACAGCGUCGUCGUACUGCCAUCAAGUGGAUCCUCGACGCUGCAGACAGACGCCGUGACAGCAAACUGGCCGUGAGAGUCGCUAACGAGCUGACUGCUGUUGCUGAAGGCCGCAGCAGCGUGUGGGACAAGCGGGAGCAAGUGCACAAGAUUGGUAUUGCUGGACGCUCCAACCUCAAGUUGGUCACCCGCGGAGGUCGAUAAAUUUGUGGGGAUUAAUCAUCAAGGACCGUCAUGAUCUGGAGUAUUGACGGCAGACGGGUGCCAUUUGUACGUUUAGAAGAUUCCAUUGUCUUCGGAGCAACUAUUGCGUGUGUAUAUCUAUAGCAGUGAAUUGGUUCUAUCGUUUGUGACAUCUCUUUUCGGUUCUCAUUGCUGCGGUUCUAAGGUAGAUCUGAUCAGUUCCAAUGAAUAUAUCCCAAACAGGAGACAUCCCGAGUGUAGAUUAUCUGAAACAACAAUGGCUGCGAUGGGUCCAGCGCUAAUAGCAUGCUUCUAAGGACCAUCAUUCUAAUUGUUA